GCGGGUUAUUUAAAAGAUAAGUCCUACUUUGUGUUAAAAGUAUCGAUAUUUUUCAAUAGGCUACGAUCAAAUGAAUAAUCAAGCAAAACAGAUAUAUUCCAAUGACAUUCCAUGGUGUAGGUAUUCUUACAUUGUUUUGUGACAUGACAAACACAAUCACUUGUAUUGGAUGUAAAGACGUUUGCGUAUUGGCAAGAAACAAGCAGAUGAUUGGCAAGAAAUAAACAAAAUAGACGUGUGCACGCAAGGAACUAUUAUUCAGAAAAUUGGAGACAUGUCUUAAAUGUGUACUGAUCCACUACAUGAGAUAAUGUCCAUCUUUAUUCGGAAUAUUGAGUAACAGUUCUAAUGUAUUUGUAACUAUUUACAUGUUUCUUACUUAAUUAUUCAAGAUCUUUUGAGUGACAAAGGUACGGAAAAACUUGUGAUAUUCUGAAGUUACAAAGAAAUACGGACACAGAAAUUAAUUGUAAGAUUUCAAGACAAACAUCAUGGUUUUCGUGAGAAGAACAACGACUGUGACUUAUUCGUGGACACCGCAGUUCCAGCAGCCUCAGAGAAACAACAGAACCAAAUUACAGUACAGGAAACCUACCAAAUCGCUUACAAGAGCGAAGACAUUUGAUUUUGUACAGAAACAGCAGAAUCCUGUGAGAACAAUCACGAGACGAGAACCAGUAAGCUUAAGCUUAGAUGAUAUAUGCCAUCUUGCCGAACGAGAAAGAUUAAGUUACUCUGCUAAAACAAGAAGGGAAGCUGUUGAACUUGCACAAAAUAAAACUCAUAAGUUUGAGGAAUACGCCCCAAGUCGUCCGCACACCAGUGCUAGUCGAUAUAUCCAUGAUGUGCGAAGAGAUGCAAUGACACCAAAGAGCAUCCGAAGUGAACCACUUCCGUCUCGGGCCAAUUCUCGUAUGAAUGACAUCGACGACGAUGCAGAUUCAGUUUAUCCUAUUAACUAUUUGGCAUCUCUCCCCGUGGGAAGAGAAAUUUGUGAAAUCAUAGGACCUCAAGUGUGUAGUCAAUGUAAACAAGAUCAAUCGAGACAAAUGGGAUUAUACAAGUGUGAUCAGUGCUUUCCAACAUUACGGAUAUCGCACGAGAACAUGACCACUGCAGCCGUAUUAAAAAGAUAUUUACCAGAUUUAAGUGAAAGUGAUAUUCAAGAUAAAAUUGCGAAAGGAGAAAUUGCCAAGCCAAGACUUUUGAAAAAAAGAAUCGUGACAAAAGACUAUCAACAGUCGAAAAAGGAAAUACAAACAAAAGAAAAUGAUGAUGAAAAUGAAAACAAAAACAGCAGCAAUAACAACAAAACUAGUUUGAGUCGAACUUCGUCAAUGUUUUUUGUAAAUAUCAGAGAUUUAAAUGCAAAGAUAGUGUCUGGUCAAUUACAUCGUGCAGUGGGAUUUUCUGAAAAAGUUCAAGAAGAAGUUUUAAAGCGUCAGGAAAAUCGAAGGAAGCGCAGUACGCCGACGCCUACAAGGAAACCAGAGCCGGAACCUGUCGCUGAACAAAAAGAGAGAAAAGCUAUAUUUAAUCCAGAUAUUCUACUAUCAGUAUCGAUGCAAGUGAAUGAACCCUCAUUUUUCGCCGGUCGUAAACAGGAAUAUGAGCUGCCUGAACGUUUACCAGACCCUCUUCAAUUUGCGGAUAUUCGUGAAAGAAGGCAAUUGAACACAAAUAAAGACUCUCAAUUAUGUGAAUUAGAGGAAGAACCUGAAGAUGAAGAAGUUGCUGACAUCAUGAGUUGAUGAUAAAGUUGAUAGUCUCCUACAUUGUCCUAUGCAUCCCAUAUUUCAAUAAAUAAAUUUAUAGAAGCGUU